AUGCUGCCUGUAUCGUAUCAGCCAUCGGACGUAUCAAAGAUACUAAGUGGCCUCGGCCAUUGCAGUUGGAUCCUUCCCAACCCCAAUCUAAUGUGUAAAUAUCAUGGCACCAACGGCCACAUAACUGAAGACUGCCGACAACUGAGAGAAGAAGUAGCCCGUUUAUUCAAUAACGGGCACCUCCAAGAAUUUCUGAGUGAACGAGCCCAAAACCACUUCAAGAAUAGGGACGUCAACAAACAGAUCGAGCAAGAGGAACCUCAGCACGUCAUUAACAUGAUCAUUAGUAGAGUUGACAUCCCCCGAGGGCCAAUGUUAAAACGCACUAAAGUAUCCAUUACAAGGGAAAAAGUGACUUGGGACUAUGUACCAGAGGGAACCGUAUCUUUCAACGACGAGGAUACUGAAGGCAUCGUGCAACCGCACAAUGAUGCAUUGGUAAUAUCUGUGCUCAUAAAUAAAUUUCGAGUUAAGCGUGUGCUAAUUGAUCCAGGUAGCUCGUCCACUAUCAUCAGAUAG